UACAUCUAGUGAUUCAGGUAUUUAGUCAUGUUUUGACUAGGUAUAACCGAUAUGAUUCAACAUUCAAAUCAGAAUUUUAUGGUAAUAUUAUAAAGUGUUGUAUUAUUAUGACCUGAUGACUGUUUCCUCAAAAGUACAAGAUGGUAGAUCGGCUUGCAAAUUCGGAAAUAAAUAAUCAAAGAAUAGCACAUGUUGAAGCAUGCUUUGGAAAUUCUGGUCAAUCGUUGCAAGAAGUAGGCAGAGUGCUUGUUGGAGAAGGAGUCCUCACGAAACUUUGCAGAAAAAAGCCGAAACUGAGACAAUUCUUCUUGUUCAAUGAUAUCCUUGUAUAUGGAAAUAUUGUGAUCAGCAAGAAAAAAUACAAUAAACAGACAAUCAUACCCCUGAAGCUUAUUAAAGUUGAGGAAAUACCGGAUAAUGAUGUUAUCAUCCCAGUUUCUGAUGACAAUGAGAAUGGAAGCCUUAGAAAUGGCUGGUUAAUUAUUUCACCAACUAAGUCUUUUGCAGUUUAUGCUCAGACUUCAAUGGAAAAACAAGAAUGGAUGUCACAUAUGAGGCGAGGAAUCGAGGAGCAAAAAGUGAAAGCAGGAAUUACUGACGACACCACAGAUGUUGCUCCACAAUGGGUGCCAGACAACGAUGCAAAUCAGUGCAUGAGAUGCAAAAAAACUAAAUUUUCAGCUAUAAAUCGACGACAUCAUUGUCGGAAAUGUGGUUUUGUUGUGUGUAACGCAUGUUCGUCACAUAGAGCCAUCAUCCCAUAUCAGUCAACAAAACCAAUUCGCGUUUGCGGUGUUUGUUUUCAAGAGAUCAGCCAAAAUCCUAAUGCUGUUGAAAGACCAUCACUCAAAAAAGGUUCCCUGUUUGCGAGACCAUCCCAAAGGCCAAUAGUGGAUGGUGGAUCAUCCUCAAGUAAUGGUGCUACAAGAGAAAAUGACAUUGUUGAUUCGCAAACACCUCCAGGAAUGAAUAAAUAUCUCGACUCUUCUGAUUCAGAUUCUGAUGAGGAACCAGGUGGAAAAAACACUUCAAUGUGAUGCGUGGAUUGAGGAUCGAUAGUUCAAUCUAUGUCAAACUUACUUUCGCAACUACUAAAAAUAUCUUAUAGAUUACAAAUUGUUAUUAUUUAAAAAAAAACAAUGGCUGAAAAAACAUCUUUAAUGUUAUUGCUUGAAUUUUAUCGUUUUGAUUUGAAUAUAUUUAGUGAGGAAUGACAGUUAAUAUAUUCAUCGAAAUAUUUUGAUUUUGUGUUUCCCUAGAAUUAAAGGAAAGUUGAAUAAAUUGUCAAUAUUUGCAUACAUAGUUUAAAAACAUUCAAUUUAAUAUUAGAAUCCAAUGUUUGGAAUUUCUUUUUAAAAUUUUAAUAGCAAUCGACCAAUCACUUCAUAAAGAUCUGGUUGUUUUAAUUUUGUUUGGGUUUAUUCUUAAAUGCAAAUUAGUCUACAAUAUAUACCAUAUUCUGAAAUAAUUUGCUUUUCAAUAAAUUCAUUAUGUUUGCCAUUUUAUUAUAGAUGUGGCUACCUUUUUAUUUUGAUAGCCUCGACUUUUAAGCAAAAUUUAGAAAAAAUAUAACUAUGGAAUCAAGUAAUACCUGAAUAUUUUUUCAUCUGCAGGUAGAUUCAUAUUUUUAUUACUCUUUUAUCAAUUAUUGGCAAAACAGUUUUUAAUGGUUUUGUAGCAUUUUCUGAUUAUAAGUGUCAUCCGCCUCAAAUUUUUAUAAGUUAUUUGUAAAUUUAAUCUAGGUGAUUGUUUUGAGAUUUCAAUAAAAGCACUUUUAUUCUCAAGCUACUCUCAUGAUAUUUUUUAAAUAAUUGUACGUAGCAAAGUUAUGUUUUUUAGUAAAUUUUUUCCAUCGAUUUUUGUGGAGAUAUAUUUAUGUGGUAAUUUAUUCCAAGGGUGGCAAAAGCACUUAUUCAGAUUGAGCUGGGCCCCCAAGAAAAAUUCGUAAUAGAACUAAAAUAAGGAAAAUUGGGAUAAAAUUAUGGCCUAACCCAACCUGGUACACAUACUACGUUCGGUGUCCGCUAUCUCGGUUCACAUACUUCGGGAGUACGAAAAGUUGUUCCUGGGAUAUACAGCCUCCUGCAUUUAAUGUAUUUAUGAAACAACAUCUUGUAAUUUUAACUUUAAGAACUUUUUACUCUGACACUCUAGAUGUUAAACUUCAUAUUAAUUAUGGAAUUUUUCUUUAUUUUGUUAUUUGAACAAUAAACUAAUCUACUGUAUUUGCAAAUAUUUGUUAUGUUUGAUUUUUUUAAAUAAUUUUCUUCAAAUCUGACUUGAAUUGGUUAAUUGAACUUAUUUUGAACUGUCCUGGGGUUUUAUUAUAUUUGUGAAGCUAAUGAUUAAGUUGUGUGUCCACAAUGUCAGCUUGUUCUAAUAAUUCGAUCUUUUCUAUAUUUGUAUUUUAACGACAUAAAAAUUCAAUUAAUGUGUGCACAGGACAAUAAUCAGUUAAGCCAUUAUUGUUAAAUGAUUUUAUCAUACUUCAAGAUUAAUUUAAUGUUAGGCAACAUUUCUUUUUACUCAAUAUCUCUAACAAUAUUAAUAACUGUCAGCUUCGAAUAUAUUUGUAAUUUCAAAUACCGUAAAAAUAUAUUUAACCAUAUAUCUUAUUAUAUGCCGUAUGCCUAAAACUGAUAUUCGACAUGACAAGAUAUUUGGUAUUUUUCAAAUGUUUUUGGGAAUUUUUAUUCCGGUUUGUUCUCUUUGUGCUUCAAUUAUGUGCUUUAUCAUCUAUAUUCCAUAUUGUUUUGGGUGUUCUGAACAUUCUGACUAAUAGAGCUUUACAAACCAAUUGUACUAUGUCAUUACAAACACACUUUUCCGUCAUAACCAUUUGACUGCCCUAAGGUAAUAGUAAUUAUUGCUGAUCAAUUAAUCAUUGGGAAAAGUCAUGUGCUGGUGUGUAAUGGUUGUCAAGUAUUUGUUUGACAAAAGAAUUGUUAAUAUCGAAUACUAUUUUGCUUUUGUAAUGCUAUAGUUUGAAAAAUAUAUUAUCAAUAUUUAAAUAAGCUUGCUCCAGUAUUUAAGGCACUUUUAGAUAAUUUGAAGUGUCAAGAUGCCUAAAUAUAUCACCCAAUGAUGUAUUGACUUGUGCAAUAUUUGCAAGGUAUGAAGUGGUAAAUAUACAUUACCAGUAUGUGUUGGGUGUGCAAUUAUCACAUAAUAAUGUCCUAAUUUAACCUUAGUUAUCUGUUCAGGUGUCAUCUAUUCCUCAUUGUUUGUGAGAUGGUCAUGUCAUCAUAUGGCAAUAAUCAAAUCAAUUCUGUCUUAAAUAUUAGACAAUGCUUGAAUGCAAAUCUUUCAAUACUUCUACUUCUAUUUUUCUUUUUUUGGUAUCUCUAUUAAAAAGAUGUGUUUCACUUUAUCGUAUAUCUUAGAUAUAGUAGCAGUAGUAUUUGACUUACUCUUGCUAUAAUGCAAUUUUAUGUGUAAAAUUAAGCCUUUGUAUUUUGACUAUAAUGCAUGCAUGCAAAUCCUAAUUUUGCCAAAUAGCGGGAUCUGAAUUCUGCUCAUCUGGAUUUUGUUUCUCUAUAAACCAAUUUCAUUGUCAUAAAUUUAUAGAUCAUAGAUAAAAAAUUUCAUUGUGAAUCCUAAUCAACAAUAACUUGACUGUUUGGUUGAAACCAAGCAUGAUAUGCACAUAAACUGGUCUCCAUUUAAACAUUGAUUGGUGAUAAAAUUUUAUGAUUUUUGAUGAAACUGGUGAGAUUUCUUUGAAAAGUCCAACAGCAGUCAUUUGCUUCACAGCUGAGAGGUUUUAACUUGUUACUCUUAUUGAAGCGCUAUGAAGGCACUGCACUCAGUUUCCUGGUACUGGUUAAUUUUUAAUCAGAUUCCUUUUCAGUAGUCAGAGAAAUGACAAUACAAAUACACUUUCAUUUAUUCCUGGUCAUCGAGCGGUAAUUUGAAUAAUUUCAUUCGUAUUUUCUGUCUUAUUUGCAUCAUCGAAAUCUGUCCAUAUGUUAAAUUUUUUUGGUAAUUUUACUAAUCUGUGUAUCAGUUUUAUUCUUUCAAAGAUAUUUAUUUCUUUAUCCAGAAAAUGAUUUUAUUUAGAAAUGCAGAUUAAAUAUUGUAGUACAAAAAAUUAUAACUUUUCAUGCCAAGAA